AUGCCCGCCCACUCCGCUAUCUUGGAUUCUCUUCAGAAACAGUUUGAUGCAAUCAAGAUUCCUUAUGGGGAGAUUCCAAAGCAAUACUUACAGGAAGUCGAUCACUGGGUUGAAUACAACAAUGAGCGCAUAAAGCUCCAUGACAUGAAAGUUGCCGAUGGAUUGGAGCAAGCCAAGAAGGUUGAAGAGAAAUGGGCUUCUGCACCCCCAGUUGAACACUUCGAUCGUCAACACUUUGUCGAAUAUUUCCCACAGGAGUUUUACGAUUCUGCAAUUCCUGAUCCAUGCAAUCUAGGACUUAACGAGAGCCCAGAAAUUGAAGCUCGGUUCAAGGACUACAAGGUUCUGAAACGUGCUGACAAAGUCGAUGACCACUAG